CUUGCCAAAGUGUAAGAAGUAAAAAGUAAAAAGAAGAAGACAAAGUGAAAAAUGUGAAAUAACGUCACCCACUAAACCCACGAACGCGGGAACACAUUUUGGUUUUCACAGUCGUCGUCGUGCCUCCCUCUUCUCUUCAUCUCUUUCCACUUCUCCACGAAAUUUUCAAAUUCCCCUUCUUUGAAACUAUCUCCUCCUUUCUCUCUCUCUCUCUCUCUCUCUCUCUCUCUCUCUCUCUCUCUCUCUCCUCUUCUCGCUCUGCCCAUUUUCGUGCAGAUAGCUAACUAUGACUUCUUCAAAUUCCUCCGCCCUCAGAUCGUCGGCGAAACACGCGGCGGAGCGGAUUCAGCAGCACUUGCCUCCUAGCAAUCCCGCUUCCCUCUCUUCCUCCUCCUUGAACUUACCUGCUAGAACCUCUAUCAUCGCUCCCGGAGGAACACCGAUAAGCCACUCUUCUCGCCCUAAAGAUCGACCCUCCUCCUCCGCCUCCUCCGCCUCCAUCUCUGCCUCUUCCCCUUCUACACGCCGCUCCGGAACUCCCGUCCGCCGAUCCCAGUCCAAAGACUUCGACGACGACAAUGAUCCUGGGAGGGUGAGAGUUUCCGUAAGGGUUCGACCUAGAAACGGAGAGGAGCUUAAAUCAGAUGCUGACUUUGCUGAUCUCGUUGAGUUACAACCAGAGAUAAAGCGGCUCAAGCUGAGGAAAAACAACUGGAGUUCUGAAUCCUAUAGAUUUGACGAAGUCUUUACAGACACAUCUUCUCAAAAACGCGUCUAUGAAGGAGUUGCUAAACCUGUAGUGGAGGGUGUUUUGAAUGGAUACAAUGGUACCAUCAUGGCUUACGGUCAAACCGGCACCGGUAAAACUUACACGGUGGGAAAAAUCGGUAAAGAUGAUGCGGCCGAGCGUGGUAUCAUGGUUAGAGCUCUUGAGGACAUACUUGAGACCGCAUCUUCUGCUUCUGUUUCCGUCGAGAUCUCUUACUUGCAGCUUUAUAUGGAAACUAUACAAGAUCUUCUUGCACCUGAGAAAAGCAACAUUUCAAUCAAUGAAGAUGCCAAGACUGGGGAAGUAUCAGUACCAGGCGCCACUGUAGUUCACGUUCAAGACUUAGACCAUUUCUUACAGGUUUUGCAAGUCGGGGAGACAAACCGCCACGCAGCGAAUACAAAGAUGAAUACAGAAUCCUCACGUAGUCAUGCAAUUCUCACGGUUCACGUUAGACGGGCUAUGAAUGAAAAGGCUGAAACAGGAACUAAAACUCGAGAUAAGGAGGCCAAACCUGAAUCUUUGGGAGAUAAAGGCAUUCCUAAAGUGAGAAAGAGCAAACUGCUAAUUGUGGAUCUUGCUGGUUCAGAAAGGAUAAAUAAAUCUGGCACUGAUGGCCACUUGAUUGAAGAGGCAAAAUUCAUUAAUCUUUCACUGACUUCCCUGGGAAAAUGCAUUAAUGCAUUAGCUGAAGGAAGCUCUCAUAUACCGACAAGAGAUUCUAAACUAACGAGGCUUCUUCGUGAUUCCUUCGGGGGUUCUGCGAGGACUUCACUUAUAAUAACAAUUGGGCCAUCUGCACGGUAUCAUGCAGAAACCACAAGCACAAUCAUGUUCGGACAAAGGGCGAUGAAAAUAGUAAACAUGGUAAAGCUUAAAGAAGAAUUCGAUUAUGAAAGUUUGUGUCGGAAGCUUGAGACUCAGGUGGACCAUCUUACUGCAGAAGUUGAAAGACAAAACAAACUAAGAAAUAGUGAGAAACACGAGCUGGAGAAAAGAUUGAGAGAAUGUGAAAACACUUUCGCUGAGGCAGAAAAGAACGCAGUUACAAGGACCAAGUUCCUGGAGAAGGAAAAUGCCCGCUUGGAGCUCCGAAUGAAAGAACUUUUGAAGGAUUUGCAACUGCAGAAAGAUCAGUGUGAUCUAAUGCAUGACAAAGCCAUACAGUUAGAGAUGAGCUUGAAAAAUACCAAGCAGCAACAGCUGGAAAAUUCAGCAUAUCAGGAAAAACUUGCAGGUGCUACUCAAGUCUAUGAGAAAAAAAUUGCGGAUUUGGUUCAGAAGGUCGAGGAUGAACAAGCCCGGUCAGCAAACGCCGAGCGUCAAAUGAACGAAAUGAAAAACGUUUUGAGUAAACAGCAGAAGUCUAUUCAUGAGCAAGAGAAAGGCAACUAUGAAUAUCAAAAGGAACUUGCGGAAACCACUUACACUUAUGAAUCUAAAAUCGCAGAGCUACAGAAGAAAUUGGAUGAUGAACAUGCUCGGUCUAACUCUGCAGAAGAGGAGCUUAGACAAAUGAAGAGGAUUAUAAGCGAUCGCCAAGUUUUACCACAGGAAAAUGAAGAGACAAAGGAACUUAAGAUAAAAUUAGAAGAACUUUCACAAAUGUACGAAUCGACAGUAGAUGAACUCCAGACAGUGAAACUAGACUAUGAUGAUCUGCUCCACCAAAAGGAAAAACUUGGUGAAGAGGUUCGGGAUAUGAAGGAAAGGCUCCUUUUGGAAGAAAAGCAGAGAAAGCAAAUGGAGAGUGAGCUUUCCAAGCUAAAGAAGAAUCUAAGGGAAAAUGAAAUUGUCGUUGAGGACAAGCGUAUGAAGGAAGAACUUCCCAAAGGAUCAUCAGAAUCUGGUGCUCUUACAAGCUCACAGAGAUCACAAGGGUUAAAAAAGUCGCUAUCUGGUCAGAGAGCUACCAUGGCAAGACUUUGUGAAGAAGGCAUAACACUUUCUCAUGGAUUGAUUGGAGUUCAGAAGAUAUUACACCUAAUUAAGUCUGAAGACUUGGAAGUUCAAAUCCAAGCUGUAAAAGUGGUAGCUAAUCUUGCCGCUGAAGAAUCUAAUCAGGUGAAGAUUGUGGAAGAAGGGGGUGUAGAAGCUUUGCUUAUGCUUGUGCAGUCAUCUCAAAAUUCGACAAUUCUGAGAGUGGCUUCUGGUGCAAUCGCUAAUUUGGCAAUGAACGAGAAGAGUCAAGAUCUAAUAAUGAACAAAGGAGGAGCUCAACUACUAGCAAAGAUGGUGAACAAAACAGAUGAUCCACAGACUCUAAGAAUGGUAGCUGGUGCACUUGCCAAUUUAUGCGGGAACGAAAAGUUUCUUAAGCUGCUGAAAGAAGAGGAAGGCAUCAAGGGACUACUUACCAUGGCGCAAUCCGGAAACAUAGAUAUCAUUGCUCAAGUGGCAAGAGGGAUGGCAAAUUUCGCAAAGUGUGAAACUCGAGAAAUUAUGCAAGGGCGUAGAAAAGGACGUUCUCUUCUUCUGGAAGAGGGUGCUCUUGAAUGGCUGACUUCAAACUCACAUAUUGAUUCUGCAUCAACACAACGUCACAUCGAGCUUGCGCUUUGUCAUUUAGCUCAAAAUGAGGAAAAUGCGAGUGAUUUCAAAAGAACGGGAAGCGUGACAGAGAUUGUAAGAAUAUCAGUGGAGUCGAGUAGAGAUGACAUUCGCAGCUUAGCAAAGAAGAUACUCAAAUCAAACCCUUACUUCUCAAGCUGAACAAGAGGUUAAACAAAAGACAUGUACAUAAACAUAACUGGCAGCGAGUGGUACAGAUUCUUAGCUGAGUCUGUGUGGAUGUCAUUAGAUUGACUUUGUGAUUGGGGAUGACGAUAAUCAAAGGAGAGAAGCUAAGAUAUUUUUACAAAAUAAAUGCUAGGAGAUUAUGUGCUUUGAUGAUUAUUUAUUUGAUGUUGUAUACUGUCUCUGUUGGAUGUGGACGCCGUUGCUAAUUUUUGUGAAAAAGUUUUCUUGAUGUUUCGAUAUGCUCUUUGAUCAUUUGUGUAACGGAUCUGUAAUGGAUACUCACUUUGGCCAAGAUUGAUGUUGAUGUUGUACUUUGCUGUAAAAGUAAUCAAAAUCUUGUAUUUGGGAAAUUUCAUUCUGUAAUCUUUGUUUCUUCUCAUUUAACAAUCAUAUAAAUGCUAAAGAUGGAGUAUGUGAGAGUGGUCAUUGUCUUUUUCUUACAACAAAUCAUCAUAUCUGUAUUAUAUGUUUUACACCACUCCUAAAGUUUUUAACUUCACACCAUAAUUGAAUCUCACCUUCUUUGUUUUGUUGGUCAUUCUAGUCUCUGGCAUUGUUAGAUUCGUCUAAUCGUAAAGGCCUUCGUCAUACCAAAUAUCGACCAGAAAGUCCACCAUCUCCUACAUAAAGGAAUCGACUCAGAGAAAGGUUCAUGAGUUGAGAGAAGAUCUUCAUAUGUAGUGGACCAGCUGCAAUCUGAUCCUUUGUAGUUUUUUGUCUUUGUCGAGAUUGAUCUCCCACCCAUUUCUCCCUGUUCUCUUGCCACAUCUUUGCACCUGCAAUCAAAAGUGUAAGGGUGCUUUCGUUGUUCUUUUUAACCGAGCUUUUCUCUUCUAUGACCAAUUUCGAAAGCUCAAGAGGUUUGUUUUCGGUGGACAAACAAUUUGCAGAAAAAAGCUCCAUUUUUCAUUCAGUUGAAUGAUCAUUCCUUUAAGAACAAAACCAGAUUAUACCAAAUUCAACUCCGCAUACAAAACAUCAAAGGUUUCCACACAAGCUCAUUGACAUUUUCAUCAAUCAGCUUGUGGAAAACCUACAAGCGGAAGUAUCAGCAGAAACUUUUUGGUUUUUUUGGGGGAUUGAAAAAAAAAGCAUUUUGUUUUUGUUUUAGGCUGUUUAUAUGUAAAGGAAAAUUUG